AUGCGUGAGCUCGGCCGCGGGGGAUCAAUUGUGGCUGCCACUAUUGCAACGUUGAAUAAUCGUUCGACCAUCGAUGCUAAAUCUCAACCGGUCAAUACACGGCCAGCUGCCGAGGUGGAAAGAAACGUGUUGCGGUCUCCAAGGAAUAAUAUUUAUGACGAUAGAAUUCGGCGUGCUUCUGGGAUCAGUGAACGUCCCCUGUCAACGGCAUCGGAAACAUCUGAACGCGAUUCAGUCUCCAUUCAAUCUAGCGAGGAACCUCCCUUACACGAGAAACCCUUUGAGGAUGAAGAUGAUGAGGAACGGACUGCAGUGGGAUACGUCCAUCCUGCGGUUCGUUCCUACAUGUAUUCGCCUAUGGGUGGUGACUCGGACAGCCCUGAUGAGACAACGGUAAAAUGUUCUGGAUGGAAUAAUCAAACAGUGCCACCUCAGCAAAGUGAUUCCUCUGAAUCCGAUACUUCAACAAGUGAAGAUGACUCUGAAGGUCAGGAAUAUGUGACACGUGAUUGUCGUACUGAUUAUCGGACGCUCACGCCGAACAGAGGUAUUGAUAAUAGUACACGAUGUGAUGGUGAUUUUAAAUGGUUACAAAGCGGUGAAAUAAUGGACGAUACUGUGGAAGUUCAGUCAGCUGGCUCACGCGGAGAUAAUUACAACUCGGCGAGCUUAGAAAGAAGACGUCGCGCGCCAAGCGACCGUGGUGAGCGAGAUCGUAAAACAAGGUCGUCGUUAUCCACAAAACCGCCGCAACAUCCAUCGAGCCUCAGGGUUUCCCCAAGACCAAGGCGUUCACGUGAUGAGGAGGCCCAACCAGACUUACAGCGACGCUGGAACUCCUACGAGCAGUUCCGUUGGCCGGAAGGUGGUUGGUGGCCUCCGAUGUGCUGGUGUCAUGGACCGCCGCCUCCACCACCAUGCUGCAUGCAUUCUGAACACUCUUGGCCGUCACACCCGUCUCUUGCGACAACGCCAUCGCGUCCGUACAAGAAUGACGCUGAAGAUCGUGUGCGUCGCCUGGAGUCGGACAAAGACAGUUUACAGCUGCAAGUUCAGGUGCUGUCAGAGCAGAUCACAGCGCAGACUGAAAAAAUGGCUGACCUGGAGCGAACACUACACGACGCACGGCAAAGACUGGAUGACACUGAACAGAGGCUUCAAAAGGAAAUGCUGCAACGGUCGUCACUCGAAACACAGAAGUUGGAGUUGUUAUCAAAGUUAAGCGAAGUGAGAUUACGGGCAGCGGAAAGAGGUGUCUUAGAGCGGUCACCACCGCCUGACUCCACGCCUAUUGCUAGACCGGCUCCUCCGAGGACUCCGCCAGCAAACUACGGGCGUCAAAUCGAGCGUAACACGCACAUGUAUUCCUCCCUACCACGCUCGUCUGUGCUUCCGUCGGCGACAGUGGAGGCGCGGCUGGCCUUCGGUAAAAACAACAUGGUGGUGGCGCGUGGAAAGGGUCACUCCGUACCCAAUUUAGCGGAAAAAGAAGAAGCAUUACCACGUGGCAGUCCAUCUCCCUCAUUACGGGAAGUGCGAGCUAGACUUGGCAGUGGCGGAGUGAGGUUGGAAGGAGAUGAGCUCUCACGAUCAUCGCUAAGAGUGUCUGCGCCUAGGCAACGGACGCAGAAUAUGCCCUGGCAAACUACCGAUGUUCGCCAAUGGGACUGUGAAACUACUUGUGGUUGGCUCGAGCACCUUGGUCUAGAGAUAUACGUGCCAACCGCUAGAACUUGGCUUGGCGCGUCUGAUGCGAAGGGAGUUAUUGCUGCAGCAUCACAACAGGCAAUAGAGAAGGAACUGGCCAUCAAACAUCCCAUGCACAAGAAGAAGAUUGUGCUGGCAUUGACUGAUCUUUUGGGAGGGCAUGGCGACCCAUUAUUAACGGCGUCGGGUCGUCUCGAUAGCGCGUGGGCGUUGCGUUGGCUAGAAGACGUGGGCGUGUGCGGCGCACGUGCAGCGGCUGCUGAAGCGGCCCUCGACGCCAGGCUUCUGCAUCGGCUCACGCAUUCCGACCUUUACACGCAUUUGAGGGUCACGCACGCCUUACACGCGUUGUCUAUACGGAGAGGUAUCCAAGUACUCCGAGACAACAAAUUCAACCCCGAAACAAUGAUACGUCGGGCAGCUGAGAGUGAAGUCUCCCUAGUCGGAGCCGAGUUGACGGAAAAUGAGAGUCAGGGAGGGAGUACCCCAGCAGGGGAACUGGCGAGGUGGUCCUCUCAUAGGGUGAUGCAGUGGCUGAAGGAGAUCGACUUGGCUGAGUACGCGCCUAAUUUGAGGGGAGCAGGUGUUCACGGCGGUCUGAUGCUGUUAGAACCCCGUUUCACGGCUGAGCUUUUAGCUGCCUUACUGAACAUCCCCGCAAAUAAGACUCUACUUAGGCGACAUCUUACUCAAAGAUUCAACGAUCUCCUAGGCCGAGAUGUGAUCCAGCAGAAACGUAACGCGGAACAAACUUUAGGAUAUCAGCCACUCACAGCUACAACCAAAUACAAGGUGCCAAAGAGGAGUCAGUUCUCCCUGAAACGCAAGAAGAGUCGCGAUGACAUGGAAUUAGGCGAACUGGUGUGUCCGCUACACGACGACUGCUCAGGUGACGCUAAACCCACGACGAAAGCAAACUCAGCAUCGGACGUCGAGUCGGGUGUUUGUCCCCCGCGUGACGUCACACGGGGACACUAG